AUGCAAGUUUGGAUUCACACAUGCGAUAAUAAGAUCUACCGCCACACAUUCAGUCAUAAUGACUCAGUUCAAUCUGUUCAGGACAUUGCAAACAUGACUUGCCAAUCCUUAAUUUUGUAUAACAAUACAAUUCUUGUCCCAUCAAUGCCUCUUGGUUACUACAAGAUUUCUAAUGGUUCCCACAUCUACAUAGUGCCGCAAUGGACACAGAAAGUUGUUCCAAAGCCAGUUAAAUUCUCACCGGCGCAGGUUGAUGAUAUAAAGCGUGAGGCUGAACGUAUAAAGGAUAUGAUGUACUCCAAGAUAGACUCAACACCAAAAUACUUCUCAAAGAUUGUCAAAAGAUUCAAUGGUAUAAAGAGAGAAGAAAAUUUAAAUGUUGAGCAGCAAACAUUAUCGAUCCCAUCGAAGCUUGUCUCUCCAUCAAGCACAGCAUUACCAAAGUUCUGGUAA